AUGGGUCCAAAAGUUGUUGGAAAAGUGGAACCUGUACGGGCGGGGUUAUCAGUUGAUAUAAUGACGGGACUGAGGAGUCUAAUGACCAGUCUGGCGCUGUGUUGGACACUGGUUACUGUGGACAGCAUGGGAUGUCUGUCUGAAACCGGCAAGCCUGUUGAUUGGUUCAUUGUAUACAAGCUGCCUGUCUUGCCUAAGAAUGCUAACUCUGUCUUACAAGAAGGACUUGGCUUCUACUACAUGGAUGAUAACUCUCCUACCUGGAUGUUGUCUAAGGUUGGGAUAAAUGGUAGCGUUACCAACCCUGUGUAUAACACAGUGCAGCAGAUCUACAACCAGCCAAAGAACGAAAAUUACAUGUAUAUGAUGUACAAUGACCAGACACCUUCCUCAGAGAGUCUCAACCAUGGACACACUAAAGGAGUGUUGAGUUUUGAUACUCAAGACGGAUUUUGGUUGGUGCACAGUACCCCACGCUUUCCACCUAACAAGACCAGCAGGUGGGCGUGGCCUGAGAGUGCCAAGGAUUAUGGGCAGGCAUUUCUCUGUGUUACCUACCCAACUACCAUGAUGGAUAAGAUCGGUGAACAACUUCUGUAUAAUUAUCCCAAGAUCUAUGACAAAUUUUUCCCAGCCAGUUUUGCCACAGAGAGCCCUAUGAUGAACAAGAUUCUAGGGGAUACACAAUCACAUGUCAGCCAGUUGCCGUGGUACCACAAAACAACGCUGGUAUCAAAGGCUGGCCAUCAGUUUGUUAGUUAUGCCAAGUUUGGGAAAUUCAUGGCCGAUUUGUAUGACGACUUGGUGGCCAUUGAUCUUCAUUGUGACAUUAUGGUAGAAUCCUGGCAGAAAGGAGGUGCUAAACAGAAUCUGCCAACCAACUGUUCCAGUCAGUACAAGGUGUAUAAUGUCCAGAACGUGACCUUUCCUGUCGGAGGUGUGAGUUUCUUGGAGACCAAGGACCAUUCCAAAUGGGCAGUGUCUGUAGAUAAAGGAGAGUGGACAUGUAUCGGAGAUAUAAACAGACAGCUUUCCCAGUUCCAUAGGGCAGGAGGAACCGUAUGUUUCCAGCAUAAACAGGUUUGGAAAAGCUUUAAAGCAUUGGUGGCGACCUACGAACCGUGCCCCAAGGAAACCUGGUGAAUCAUCAUGGAACUAGGGGCAGAUAAUCAAAAUUUGUCGAACAUCUGCAACAUCUGCUAAUGUACUACUAUGUAGCAAUAGAUUAUUUACAUAUGCUGGACUGUACAUAGAAGUUGUUUUUACUAUGAUUGUUCUGUAUAGUCUUUAAAUUUGAUUAAUUUUACAAUUAUUACCAAACAAGUUCUAUCAAUCACUCUUGGUGGCCCGGAUGAAAGCAUACGGGUGAUCCUGCUGUGGGAGGAAACCAAAACCUGGGACAGUGAUUCCAUACGUUUUCAUAUCUGUUUAUGCAAUUGAACCCAGGACUACUAGUUAAAAUUAAUCAUGUUACUAUUGCACAUCCAAACUAUCAUAUCACUGUCACUUAUAAUAAUGCAUCGCCUUUGUAUGGUUAGCAACACCUCAGGAUCAUCAGGUUAUUUUGUGCCAUCCUUUUUAUCACCAAAGUUGAUGAAAUAAAAUUGAACCUGGUAUAUUUUUUUACAUCUUUAAAUGGUACAGUAUAUAUACAUGUGGUGCAAUAGCUUUGUGCUGUAUAUUUACAGCAUAGGAGUGUCUUGGAUUACUUCAUGGGCAUUCUUCUCACAUUCCAGUUGCUACUUACCUAUACACAGUUCGGAGGAUAUUCCAGGUGUUACUUGCCUAUACCCAGUUCAAAGGGUAUUCCAGUUGUUACUUACCUAUACCCAAUAGGCAGGGCAUUCAAGGUGUUACUUACCUAUACCCAAUUUGGAGGUCAUUCCAGGUGUUACUUGCCUAUAUCCAGUUUGGAGGAUAUUCCAGAUGUUACUUGCCUAUACCCAAUAGGGAGGGCGUUCCAGGUGUUACUUGCCUAUACCCAGUUUUUGGAUGGUAAUUUGUUCAUAUAGAUACGUUCACAAAUGCCAGUAUAUUUUUCUAAAUAUUAUACAUGUAUACAUUAUCGAUGUAGAUUUUUUGCCCGGUGAUAUAUUUCGCUGUCUACACAGUAUGUAUGUUCUCUGAAAGGUAAUCUCUUUCUUCUCACUAGAAUAGCACACUCUAAUCUGUAUGCUAAUAUGUCAUGUUACCGUGAGCAACAGGUGGCGGAGAGAGUGAGGUUUAAUCUCUGGUGAAUAUGUUCCUGUACAAAAAACAUAUUCCAUAGUGAAAGAUCUGAAUGUAAGUUUAUUACUAUACAACAUUGCUUAUGUCCUUGUUCUUGUGUAUUUGAUGUUUGGUUGACACAUGUUUAUCGUAAAAAAAAAAUCUGUAGUAUAUAUAUAUAUAUUAUUUUUAUUGACUUUUGUCUCCCAGGUGGACCAAUUAUAUAUAUAUUUAUAUAUUUGUAUAAUUUUUGUUCACAGUUUUCAAAACUUUUAUAAAU